AUGGUCGAGGUGAUCCUUCUGCCUCGAGGACUCCAAGUUUCUGGACGCUGUGAAGCGGUACCAGGAGACCAUUUGGUUCCAGGCUUCCUGGCUUCUCAGCAACGUCGACUUCAUUCGAGACGUCAACAAGUUGUCCGACCGAUCUCAGGUCCGAGUCAUUGUCUACACUGUGCGAUUCAUGUCAGCGUUGGUUCUGCAUGGUGA